UUGCACCUUUUCCCAUUGUUUUUCUAUUUUAUUGUCACUAGUUCCCUAUAAAAAAUAGGGCUGUUCUAUUAUCUUCCUUGACGGCAAACUCUACACAUUGAUCGAAUGGCUGCUGGUACCGAGGGAAUCAAUCUGAACGCAGCUCCAAUCUUGAACGGAAACGAAGAAAUUGGUCAGGCUGGUGCAACAGUGGAAGACCUUCUGAAGGAGCAAACCCUACUAAAACAAAGAGUUCAGGCACUCGAGGAUGCUUUACGCACACCGAAACAAUCUGAAACCUCUUCAAGAAUGCAACAUAUGGCCGCCGCCUCUGCUAUUCCCCUAAUAAACUCCGGCAAGAUUCUGGUUGCGCUGGGAUUGGCCUGUACCUUCUUUGGGCUCGCAUUGGAGUACAUCUCCAAAAAACCGCAAUGUACUUCAUUGAUUUCUGGGUAAGUAAAUUCUUGUUUAGACCAUCUUUUUCUUGUGCACAUUACUAGCCAUGGAUAAAUUUACAGAAUAGUUUGUUAGAUUGACUGAUGGUAUCCCUUCAAUUGUUCAUCAGAGAUCUUGUUAUUAAUGCAGUGUUAGUUUCUAUUUUUCUUGUUUCUUUACCAUUUAAUUACUGAGUUCAUAUUUGUGCAUGAACAAUGAUCCAUAGUCAUAUUUCAGCACUGAUUUAAUGAUCCAUAUGUAGUCCAAUUUCGUAUGUUGUUUCGGGUCUCUCAAACUCCCUUACUCGGCUACGCAAGCAAAACUAUCAUGUCUUUGCUGCCGUGUCCUGCCACCGAGAUUUCAUUUGCCUAAUUGUUGAGGUUUCUACUGAGUAUUAAAAAGAAAAUUGUUAUACGGCAUCGAGAAUUUCGGGCCAUGGCUUAUGCAAGAGAAAGGUACUCGUAGUCCAACAGAUUGAGGCUGAAGUUUAUCAGGUCCUUCUUCAACGGCCAUUCUGUAACAGAAGUCGUUCGUUGAGAGCGAUAAGGGAGUCAUUAGAUCAAGCAGAGUCCAAGCAAAUUCCGGCAUCUCAGCCAUCAAUUGAGGCACUAGAGGAGGUGAUACAUGAUGGCGACGAUCAUAAUGUUCAAUCUGUUUGGACGAUCCGGUGAUUGGUUCUCGAGUCACUCGUAUGCCAUGCAAUCACAAGUUACAUAAGACCUGCAUUCUGACUUGGUUGGGUACUGCCCAUGUUUGUCCACUCUGCCGUUCCAAAUUGCAAACUAU